CUCAAGGAGAUAAUGUUUCCUUCAGAUGGCAGAGCUGACUGAAGGAAUUCGAUGGGCCUUUAUAGACAUGUUGGAAAAUGAAAAUGACUGGAUGGAUUUGGAUACAAAAAGAAAAGCUGUUGAAAAGGCAAAAUCAGUUUUGGCAAAAGUGGGUUAUCCUGGAUUUAUAAUGAAUGAUACAUAUGUUACAGAAGGCAUCAAAACAAUGAAGUUUUCAGAAACAGACUAUUUUGGCAAUGUCCUUCAGACUCGCAGACAUGUGGCCCAAUCAGAUUUCUACUGGCUGAGAAAAGAAGUCCCCAAAACAGAGUGGUUUACUAGUCCAACAACAGUGAAUGCCUUUUACAGUUCAUCUACAAAUCAGAUCAGGUUUCCAGCAGGAGAACUCCAGAAGCCUUUCUUCUGGGGAACUGAAUAUCCCAGGUCAUUAAGCUAUGGUGCUAUCGGAGUUAUUGUUGGGCAUGAAUUUACUCAUGGAUUUGAUAACAAUGGUCGCAAAUAUGACAAGAAUGGAAAUUUGAAUCCUUGGUGGUCCUUGCAGUCAGAAGAAAAAUUCAAAGAGAAAACAAAAUGCAUGGUCAAUCAAUACAACAGCUAUUACUGGAAGAAAGCAGGGUUGAAUAUAAAAGGGAAAAGGACUUUGGCAGAAAACAUUGCAGAUAACGGAGGGUUGCGAGAGGCUUUUGGGGCCUAUAGGAAAUGGGUCAAAGAAAAGAGACAAGGAGAGGAAGAGGCUCUACUACCAGGCAUUGACUUCACUCAUAACCAGCUCUUCUUUCUGAGUUAUGCUCAUGUGAGGUGCAAUUCAUUUAAACUAGAAGCUGCAAGAGAACAAAUCUACACUGGAGUUCACAGUCCCCCUCAGUUCAGAGUUAUUGGUGCUAUGAGUAAUUUUGAGGAAUUCCGGAAAGCUUUCAACUGUCCAGAAAAUACUACAAUGAAUCGAGGUGCAGAUUCCUGUCGAAUUUGGUAGCGCUUCCUCUGGAAUCCCUGUACAGAAAUCAUGCCUUCAUUUUACUGGCCUACUAUUGCUUCAGAAUUACAUUGAUCAAGUGCAGACCAAUAUUAUUUUGCUUUGUAACAUUCCCAUCCUGGGACCCAACCAGCCGCCAUUAUUGAAUUGCUUGUUCACAAGCACGGGAUAAUUCAAAAUGUAGUAUGUAGAAAAGAACAGGCAAUUUUUUUUUAAAAAAAGGUGUCCUUUAUAAAGUUCAUUACAUGUACAAAUUUGUACUAUAGUAUUCUCAUUGCUAUGAAGCAAAGCAACAUCAACAUUACAAGAUUACAAUGGUACAUUUAUAUAUUUUUUAUAGCAGUUAUGCUGAUAUUUGAAAUUAGUCAAACUAUAUCUCCAAUUAUAUAAACCCAGAUGUUCAGUAAAAUCUUCUGAUUUUCAGCAGUCACAUGCAUCUUUCAUCUGCCUUCUUGAAAUGUUGAUCAGAGAGAUAUUUGGGACCGGAACUUUAAGAAUAAGGCCACUUAAUCUAUUCUCUUUCCAUUGCUACUCUGAGCUACAUGGUGGAAUAUACAAAGGAGGCCCACUGGGUUCAGUCUCGGCUUCAGACGUGCAUGUUUUCUUCUACCUAAGAUUGCACAUGCAUAGCUGUAUGAUGCACACAAACUCACAAUCUAUUUUUCAAUUACAAUUACAAAUCGAAAAAAUUGUAUUACAAAUAUUUUACCUGAAUUGUGGACAUCAUUUAUUUUAUAAUAUAAUAAAAAAGUAAGUUUGAAACAGAAAUAUACUCAGAUGCAUGAUCCUAUAAUAUCAGUUUAAGCACUUUCUCCACAUAUAGAUAUUGUAGCUAUUUGCCUCCACAUUGGUUAAAUAUAUAAAAAUGUAGGUACAUCAUUAAAUCUUUGCUCAGCUAACUGCACAUUGGCCUCAUGACAGAUGCUUUUGAUAAUACUCAAAGAGUAAAUUUUCUACAUGAGUGAGUUUAAUUUACCUAAUAUACUGAUCUAGGCUUGAACAGAAUUGGGAAAAGAGGCAGAUGUUUUGUACCAUUACAGAAUGUCUACUUGUUUUAAGAAGUGAAGAACUUCCUCCCAGAUACCACCACUUCCUUGCAAAGUAGAAAGGAGGGAUCCUUGAUGCUCUCUGAACUUGCUUGUUUUCUUGCAGAUGUUUCAUUACCCAAACUAGGUAACAUCAUCAGUGCUAGUAAGGUGUGCAGUUUGCUGUCAGUUUAUAUAUUCUAGUAGCUUGCCUUGUCAUUGUUGGUGGGGCUGGUCUUAGAAAUUCUUUGGUUGGGCUGUUUACUGUUGGCUUCUUUGGCAGUUUCUUGAUUGGAGUAUUGUUUAAUGUUGGUUUGAUGCUAAUUUUGGAGUAGGAAGGAUUAAAGGGGCAGCUUCUGAUUGGAACCUAGCAAUACUUUGUCUUAAGAGAGUUCCAAACUUGGGUUACGCUGGGUGUAGUGCCAGAAUUGAUUCAAUAAUUCCAGAGUUUUGCAGAUAUAUUGGAAAUGACAAUGCCAAUUCAUAGCUGCAGAUGGACUCAAGGGAGUCAAUUAUAAUUUACUUCAAAAGUCUUGACCAUUUCUAGUAUUUUAGGUUUAGGAAUCUCUACUGCAAAAGAGACCAAGGAGGGCAUGCAGUGACAGCAUUGAUUCUGUGGAGACCAUUACUGUAGCAGGGUCACUUUAGAGCCUUAGGAUCACAAUAUAAAAAGAUCCCAUAGAUAGAAAAUGUUAACUAUAUUAUAGUAACAGUAGGAUUCUUGCUAGUAAAGAUUUCAGUAAAGAGUGAGAUAAUCUUAUAUCAUUUUCCUGUUUUUUUUAAUUGCUUAAAUAUAUCCAUUUUUAAAAUUGUUUGAAAUAGGAUAAUUUUGUUAAUGAUUAUAUAAUAUAACCAUUCUCAAAUCACAGAUGAAGAUAAUUGAAAUGACAGUGGUUUUAUAUAUCGUAUGACAUUUUCUACUGUUAUCUGCUUUUGAGUUCACGUGAAAAAAAAUGUGAUAAGUUUUUAACAAAUAAAUCUUGCAAGACUA